AGACAGACACUGCUUACAAAGAGAGAAGGACCUGUGUCUGCUGCUGGCCCCUGUAUUUCCUUGCUGACCCCUGUCUGUCCUUACGGGCCCCUGUGUCCUCUGACUGUCCUUUGUGUCUCCUGAGUUUGAGUUGUCUUUCCUUACUUGCCUCUGGUUCUGCGAGGGCCCCUGCUUAGAGAUGCCUCUGUCGCGGUCCCUGUCCAUGACCUCCCUGAGCGGGGUGCUGCCCCAGUGGGAUGAGGAUGAGCUGCCUGUGGACGGCCUCCUUCUGUUUGAAGUGUCCUGGGAGGUCACCAAUAAAGUGGGAGGCAUCUACACUGUCAUCCAGACCAAAGCCAAGAUCACCGUAGACGAAUGGGGAGACAACUACUACAUGAUAGGCCCUUAUUUUGAACACAAUUUCCAGACUCAGGUGGAGGUCUGUGAACCCCCACACCCGGCGGUCAGGAAGGCCCUGGACGCACUCACCAGCAGCGGCUGCAAGGUGCACUGCGGUCGCUGGCUAAUAGAGGGUAGUCCGUACGUGAUCCUGUUCGACAUCGGCUCAGCGGCCUGGAACCUGGAUCUCUGGAAGGGCGACCUGUGGCAGAGUUGUCACAUCGGGCUGCCCUUCCAUGACCGAGAAGCCAAUGACGCCCUCAUCCUGGGAGCACUCAUCGCCUGGUUCUUUAAAGAGCUGACAGACGAGCUUGGGGACAGGCCUAAUGUGAUCGCACACUUCCAUGAGUGGCAGGCGGGCCCCGGGCUGAUCCUGUGUCGCUCCCGGAGGGUCCACGUGGCCACAGUCUUCACCACACAUGCCACUCUGCUGGGACGCUACCUGUGUGCAGGCAACGCCGACUUCUACAACAACCUGCACAAGUUUAAUGUCGACAAAGAGGCUGGGGAGAGGCAGAUCUACCACCGCUACUGUCUAGAGAGAGCUGCGGUCCACUGUGCCCACGUCUUCACCACUGUGUCCCAGAUCACUGCUGUAGAGGCCAGACACAUGCUGCACCGCCAAGCAGACGUGGUGACCCCCAACGGACUCAACGUCAAGAAGUUCUCAGCCAUCCACGAGUUCCAGAACCUACACGCCACCAGCAAAGGCCGCAUCCAGGAGUUUGUGCGAGGACACUUCUAUGGACAUUUAGAUUUUAACCUGGACAAGACUCUGUUCUUCUUCAUCGCUGGACGCUACGAGUUCUCCAACAAAGGAGCUGACAUCUUCCUGGAGUCCCUGUCCCGCCUCAACUACCUGCUGCGGGUCCAUCGCAGUGACGUCACCGUUGUGGUCUUUCUCAUCAUGCCUGCCAAAACCAACAACUUUAAUGUGGAGUCGCUCAAGGGACAGGCCAUCCGCAAGCAGCUGUGGGACACGGCGCACGCGGUGAAGGAGAAGUUUGGCCGACAACUCUAUGACUCUCUGCUGAGAGGACAGAUUCCUGACAUGAACGCCAUUCUGGACCGUGACGACUUCACCAUCAUGAAGAGAGCUAUCUACGCCACACAGAGACACAGUCUGCCUCCGGUCACCACUCACAACAUGCUGGACGAUGCCACUGAUCCCAUCCUGACCAACGUGCGGCGCAUCGGCCUCUUCAACAACCGCAACGACCGUGUCAAGAUCAUCUUCCACCCAGAAUUCCUGUCCUCCACCAGCCCACUGCUUCCCAUGGACUAUGAUGAUUUUGUGCGUGGAUGUAACCUGGGCGUCUUUCCCUCCUACUACGAGCCCUGGGGCUACACUCCUGGUGAGUGCACGGUGAUGGGCAUACCCAGUGUCACCACAAACCUGUCAGGAUUUGGCUGCUUCAUGGAGGAGCAUGUGUCUGACCCCUCUGCAUAUGGGAUCUACAUUGUGGAUCGCAGAUUCCGCUCUGCAGAUGACUCCUGUAACCAGCUGACCCAGUUCAUGUUCAGCUUUUGUCAACAGUCACGGCGCCAACGCAUCAUCCAACGCAACCGCACCGAGCGCCUCUCUGAGCUGCUGGACUGGAGAUACCUGGGCCGGUUUUACGUCCAUGCCCGGCACAUGGCCCUCAACAGAGCUUUCCCAGACCAGUUCAAAGUGGACCCCAUGUCUUCUCUGCAGUCAGAGGGCUUCCAGUACCCAAGGCCCUACUCUGUGCCCCCCUCCCCCUCCGCCUCCCUUCACUCCACUCCCCACCACAGUGACGAAGAGGAGGAGGAGCCCUAUGACGAAGACCUGGAGGCAGAGAGGGACCGCAUAAACAUCAAGGCUUCCUUCGUCCUGUCUGACGGUAAGAAGAAGCAGCACGGAGAGGCAGGCAACUGACCACCACCUCACCUCCACCCAACAGCACAGAAAGGCAGGCAGCUGACCACCACCUCACCUCCACCCAACAGCAUGGAGAGGCAGGCAACUGACGACCACUUCCCCUCCACCCAACAGCACGGAGAGGGAGGCAACUGACCACCACUUCACCUCCACCCAACAGUACAGCGAGGCAGGCAAUUGAUCAUCACUUCACCUCCACCCAAAAGCACAGAGAGGCAGGCAACUGAUCAAUACUUCCACCACCUCCCCUCAAGAGCACAGAGGCCAGAAACUGACAACCACGUCCACCACCUCUACCCAACAGCAUGGAGAGGCUGGCAAGUAACCAGCACCUCACCUCCACUCAGCCGAACAGAGGCAAGCAACUGACCAUCAUCUUUACCUAACAGCAUGGAGAGUGACGGUAUUGACUAUUACCUCAACUCCACCCAACAUACCCUGAGAGACCACCACUUAUAUCCAAGCAGACCAGAAGCAGGACACAGACCUCUGUUCUGUCCACCACACCCCAUGUGACCGUGAUGGACACACCUGACAGUCUGACAGUUUUUUUGUUUUUUCUUUUGCAGACAGGGUUUAACUUAAACUUGGUGAAUUGAUGUGAUCUGAUAAACCCAGAUUACAGGUUUCGGGUAACAAUUUCCUUUAUAAGGAUAUCACCAUAUCGCUACGGUUGUUGCCAAGGGUGUUCCAAAUCUCAGCUGUUCAGCAUAGCCAUAGAAACCAUUUUUAAUAUAAUAAUAUACCUUCAAAACGUAAUUAGGCCUAAUAUAGUUAAUGUAGUUUAGUUUAGAAUAUAGUUAGCCAUCUCUUUUGUGAGAUCUGAACAUGUGACAUCAUGUGGUAGUGAGCUCCUCCAGGAAGUCCAUGUUUAACAAAAAGUGAGCUUAGCAAUUGUUAAAGGCACAGUAAGAUUUGGAUUUUAAAUUAGAUAAUCAUGACCUAUCUCUGUCAAGAUGUGAGGUAAACAUGUUCAAAAUAAAUACAGCUAACAAUUUAAAUGCUUACUUAUUCUUAAUUACAAAGGGUUGGCCAUAUUGUUUGUUAUAAUUUGGUUCUAAAGAUGAUCAUCCAAACUGACCCUCACAGGAGUCUCUCAUUUGGGUUGCCAGUUUCAAUACUGAAAUCCGGUUGGUUUAAACCUAAAAGGACUCUCUGAUCUGAAUCAUUACUACUGACGGUUUCUGUUCUGCUGCAUGAAGAACAGGCACAGAGGCACUGGGAUCAUUCUGUAGAUCUUUAUUGUCGGUUGCAGCAAUACAGUCGGGUUAAAAGCAGCGUCCAGCAAAAUUCAAAGCAGAGUUAAGUGAGUAGUGACCUGAGCGAUGUCUGAAGCAGAGUCUAGUGCAGAGUCUAACAGGUGAGAUUUUAUCAGUGUUUUAUACUACUCCCAGAGUGUGGGCUACAGAGUGAGGGUUGCACAUAAGAAAUUUAAAGCAAAGUCGAACAAGGUGAGUGUUUUAUACCCCUCACUGAGUGGGUUUACAGAUUACUGAGAUGAGAGGGGCUACAGAUAACCAAACAGAUAACCAGAAUGACCAGAUCAUAGCUGUUAUCUUCCCUUAAUGUGAUUAUAUGGCCACUGCUGCAUUGGAAACAGAAUGUUUUGCACCUUUGUAGGAAUGUAAGCAAUGUAUUACAUUUGUACAUUGUCCACACUACCUAAACCACAGCACCUGCAGCCAUUCAUUAAUCAGUGCUAGUGCAAACUCAGCAAUUCAGUGAAUGAAUUCUAGAGGUUCUGAGCUUUCACAUGAAUGAUGGCCUGUUCAUAUACUGAGAAUGAGAAAAAAAACUUGUAGAUGUUGUCACUCUGCAGGCACAGGCAAUCCAGGUUCAAGUGUGAUUGUAGUACAAUUACAUCAGUAAGAGUGCAGGCUACAGUUAAGGCUCAGUUACUUUAAUGUAGUCAAAGUAAAAGCAUGCACUAAUCACCUGACUAGGUACUUCUGAACAUACUAUAUAUCCAGAUAAAGAUCUGGUGCAGGCCUUGGUGCUAUUCUGUGGUUAACCUCUAUUCUUUACAAGUUUUUUUAAUGCCAUUGUUGGUUUUGUCCUGUAAUUUAUUUUCAGUCUAUGUAACACCAUUUCCCGAUCACUGCUUAAUUGGACAAAACAGACAAGAAUGAUAUGAAUUUGAAGUCUUUAUUAAAAUGCAUAAAUGAC